AUGGACCCGGGAAACUCUCAAACCUUGAUGGCUAUGGCUCGCCAUGUCAAAUGUGUCUCUGCUCGUGCCGAUGCCAAACGAAACGAAACGAAAAAUAUGAAAAUACUAAUCUCGAUCUCACCGGAGGCGAUUUCGCUUGAGGCGGUCAACAGCAGUCACGAGACCAUGUACUCUCGCAUGUCUCCAUCACGACACUUCCGGAGUUUAGACCUCUCCACAGAUGUGAGACCUUGGUAG